AAAAACACCAUUCGAUUAUCAAUCUUCCACUUGAAGACACUUCUACCCUUACCAGUUACCGAAUCGUGAGCGCUACCCACCCAACAAAAGAUGUCCUUAAGCGCCACGGUGCUCAAAAUAAAGACCCAGGCGGCUGCACCUGGCUCGCCGAAGCUGGACAGCAAAGGGGCAAAGCCGAAAGGCCCGGUGACCCCGCAUUCGCCGCAUCCUGCAGUCUGCGUCCAAUAUAGCUAUGACAGCGAAGAUAUGGUCGCAUCUUUCCGCCGCACGGGGUCAUUUAGCGACACCCGCACGAGCGGAACCGUCCUUGGGGGAGCCCAAUUCUCGUUUGACGGCGAAAGUGAUCCGCACUACCGGGCGGCACGCGGCACACAUCCUAGCGCGCUUAUGUCCUUUGAUGGCGCUGAGUUUGAACCUGUCAAUGCGGAGGAGGGGCCCUUCAAGGGGCACGGCUCGGUCAGCAAGCGCACCUUUAAGCGCAGUGACUCGGAUGCGUAAGGGCUGGGUGGGUGAGCCCCAAGCCCGCCGGAGCUUUAUAGGCUGCUGGUCCUUGGGUGCAUCGCGCAGUGGCAUGUAGCGAAACAAGGCCAAUGAAAUCAGAGACACAUCCGUAUGGUGGCUGUAGGUUACUGUAUAGCCAAAGGCUGGUGUUGGUGGCCUUCCAGGACCGAGUGGUCGUGCAUGGCACAGGACAUGUAGGACUGCACGGCGACACGUAGGAGAGGACAAGACUCUGCAUUUGGGAGACGAAGGUGCAUACCGUAUGAUAGAAAGGCUUCGUUCAUUCGGGCAUUGAUCAGGCUAGGCCACGCUGUGCUGUCCUGAGUUAGCCAACGGCACGCUGUGGCACUGCAACGUGCCGAAAGCAUAAUGGUGAGCGAGUGGGUCAUGCGUGUGCUUGUCAUGGUCUGGCUGUUCAAUGCAGCUGCUGGGAACUUUAGCAUUCAAUUGUAUACCGACUGUGUGCAGUAUGUCGGACCCAAUGCCAGUGAGCACCAGGCAAUUUUACUGGUAUGCCUGCAAGUUAAACAACAAGUGCGGUUGUGACACAAUGCGCUGGUGUAGUUUUGCUAAAGGGCCAUCCACAGCCGAACAGGAGUCUUGCCUGCUGUGACGCUGCCAGGUUAGAAUGCAUGCAAGUAGGCGUGGGGCGCUGGGUAAGCCAUUCAUUGGUAACGGCUGCCGAAGCCGGAGGAAUGGAGCAUCCCCUGUUUACAAGGGUACUCGUCAUAGUGAGAAACGGAUUUGACAUGCAGCAAUGCAGCAUGCGGCCAGUAUCCGUACGUGAUGGGAGCAAUUGCUGCCCAGUCCACUAUGUGGUACUUGGCUCGUAUGGUACCAACUUGAACGUUGCGACUGUCCUUGUUUCAUGGCGACAGGUAGGUGCGUGUAUGACCGGGCGUUGAAUUUCAGAUGGUGUUAUGGACUACUCCCCUGUAUAAAGUUCACGAUGCUGAUGAUGAUUGGAGCUGACAAGAAGAGCAACGGUGACAUGUCCUGGGACGAAAGACCGAUGGUGUAACCCUGAGUUUGGUUCUUGUAUGUACAGCACCUUUGCAACAGCCGCUCGUUUGAGGUGGCGGCAGGUGCUGCCGCCAGCGCUGCCGCUGCAUCUUCUUGUAAGGAUGAAGCCUC